AUGGAGCCUGAAAUAAACUGCUCUGACUUGUGUGACAGUUUACCUGGCCAGGAGCUGGAUCGGAGACCCAUUCAUGAUCUCUGCAAGACAACAAUUACCUCUUCCCCCCACAGUAAGACCAUUUCUUCUUUGUCUCCUGCCCUUGUGGGUAUUGUUUGGACUUUUCUCAGCUGUGGACUUCUUCUGAUAGUCUUCUUUCUUGGCUUCACAAUUCGUUGCAGAAAGAACAGGAUUGUGAAGAUGUCCAGUCCGAAUCUGAACAUUGUGACCUUACUGGGCAGUUGUCUGACUUACAGUAGCGCUUACCUCUUUGGGAUUCAAGGUCGAGAUGCUUCAGGGGGAAGCUCCAUGGAAACUCUCAUUCAGGUAAGACUGUCCAUGCUGUGCAUUGGGACCUCCCUUGUGUUUGGACCCAUUCUGGGGAAGAGCUGGCGACUCUACAAGGUAUUUACCCAGAGGGUUCCGGACAAGAGAGUGAUCAUCAAAGACCUGCAGCUACUGGGGCUGGUGGCAGCCCUGGUGAUAGCUGAUGUGAUCCUGCUCAUGACGUGGGUAUUGACUGAUCCCAUCCAAUGCCUCCAGAUUCUCGGUGUCAGUAUGACGGUGACAGGGAGAGAAGUGGCCUGCUCGCUGACCAGCACACACUUCUGCGCUUCCCGCUACUCUGACGUCUGGAUUGUUCUUGUUUUGGGAUGCAAGGGUCUGCUGCUGCUGUAUGGUGCCUACCUGGCUGGCCUGACCGACCACGUCAGCUCUCCUCCUGUGAAUCAGUCUUUAACCAUCAUGGUUGGGGUCAACCUUGUGGUGCUGGCUGCUGGGCUUCUCCUUGUGGUCACCAGAUACUUGCACUCCUGGCCCAACCUGGUCUUCGGCCUCACAUCCGGGGGAAUCUUUGUUUGCACAACCACCAUCAACUGCUUCAUCUUCAUUCCCCAGCUGAAGCAAUGGAAGGCAUUUGAAGAGGAAAACCAAACAAUUAGAUGCAUGGCCAAAUAUUUCAGCACUCCCAGCAAAAGCUGCCAUGCCCAGUACGGUGUGGAACAGAAUUGCCAUGCCAGAGGAGAGAAAACCUCCAUGGAAAGACUCCUCACAGAAAAAAAUGCUGUGAUUGAAAGCCUCCAGGAACAAGUCAACAACGCCAAAGAGAAGCUAGUGAGGCUGAUGUCAGCGGAGUGCACCUAUGACCCCCCGGAGUGCGCUGUCCUCCCUGCCUCUUCCCAUAGCAAGGAGGGUCCGGCUGCAGCCCCUGCGCACGGCCUGGCCACUCAGCGGCGUGCGGGAUGCCUCUCUGACUCUCCGAAUGCUACCAGUGCGGCGGCCCAGGACUCCCAGAGCACCUCGGUGCCCUCCUCCAGUGCACAAAGCCUCGAGGGGCCUGGGAAGGACGCUGGCUCCUCCCCGGGGCGGAAGGAGAUGUCUGACUUGAGAGACUUCUCUGAUCAUUUAAAUUUGGGCUGCAGCCAGAAGCAGCAGGCUGAGCCCAGCCAGGGUGCAGAACGGAGAGACCAGGGACCUACAGCCCCCCGCCAGAGUCUCACACCAGGUGAAGAAGGCUCUGUUCCCGAGAGACAGGGGCAGCGGGAGAACUCAGGGGAGCCCCAGAAGCAGUCAAGGGUCAAUUCAGUGAUCAGGGAGAAGCUUCAGGAAGUCCUACAGGAUCUGGGCCUGGGCUCUGAGGCUCCCGUCCCCUCUUCCCUGUCUUGUCCCCAGCAGCCCUGGAAGAGCAGCGCUGCCCACGGCCCCCAGAAGAUGCCCCUCUCCAGGGAGCUGGGCUUCAGCCCACACAUGGUGAGGAGAAGGCGGGCAGCCCAGCGGGCUCGCUCACACCUUCUGGGCUCUGGACCCUCACAUGUGGGGCAUCGGGCAAAUAGGAUGGUAUCUGGCACAAAAAGUGGGUUAAAUGUGCAGAACCGGGACAGCCUCUGCUUGGACCCUCAAACUGCUGAUCCCAGGGUACCCUCUUCCAAGAAGCUUUCGUUACUCUCAGAUCCUCAAGGCAAGCCGGGCAGCUUGGAGGACAGCAAACAGUGCCAGGCAGAGCCCCAGGGAGCUGGGAGAAGCUGCGCAGCCUUUCCUCACCAGCCUCCUGGUUCUGGCCGGGCACAGUGUCCCGCUGGCCCACGCCUAUCCCCAGAUCUGCCUGAGCAGCGCCAGCUGCAUUCCCUGAGGUCCGCGGGCUGUCUCUCCCUUUCUUCUCCACGCAACUACCUGGACACUGAGUCCAGCAGCUCAGACGAGUUCUUCUGCCACUGCCACCGGCCCUACUGUGAAAUCUGCUUCCAGAGCUCCUCUGAUUCCAGUGACAGUGGCUCCUCAGACUCUGACCCGGAGCAUGCUGGGGGGCUGGCUUCCUGGGAAAAGCUGUGGGCUCGCUCAAAGCCUAUCGUGAACUUCAAAGAUGACUUGAAACCCACACUGGUGUGA